AUGACACGCCUCGCUGGCCUUCUGGCGGCGUCACUCCUUAUCCACAGCUCAUCAGCAGCAUACACGUUAGUCCGCGACUACGACCCGAAAGAUUUCUUCAACAAUUUUGGAUUCUACGACGGUGAAGACCCUACUCAUGGUACCGUCGCCUACCAGUCACGCCAGGGUGCCUUGGCCAAGAACCUUAUCAGCACCACCGACUCCACCGUCAGGAUUGGCGUUGACACCACCAACAAGGUAGAUGACGGACGUCCAUCAGUCCGCAUCUUCAGCAACGACACGUACAACCAAGGAAUCCUGCUCGUCGACGUCAUCCACAUGCCCUCCGGCUGCGGCACCUGGCCCGCAUUGUGGAUGCUGGGUGACGGCGACUGGCCGGCCAACGGCGAGAUCGACCUCAUGGAGGGUGCUAAUGACCAGCCAGUCAAUUACAUGACCCUCCAUACCGACAGCGCCAAAGAUAAAGGGUGCUCUAUUGACGCCGUUCCUGCUUCAGGGGAUGAUGGAUCUGGCGCUCUGGCUUAUUCUAAAACAGACUACACCGGUUCUGUUUUCUCCAGUAACUGCGCCUACAACGCAGAUACGGGCGACAACACCGGCUGCCAGAUCCGAGCUCCUUCCGGCAGCAGCGCCGUCUAUGCGGGUGCCGGUGGCAAGACGACCAAUGCCAACGUUCCCACUUUCGGCCAGUCUUUGAACAGCGCAGGUGGCGGCACCCUUGCCAUGCAUUGGACCAACGACGGCAUCAAGGUUUGGUUCUUCGGUCGCGCCCAGGCCAAGCCCGACGAAAUCGCGACUGCUAUCAACUUGUCUCAAACCCCGCCCACUCUGGCCCCGAGCAACGACGCCUGGGGCCAGCCGCUGGCUCACUUCUCUGGCCCCAACUGCGACUGGUCGCAGCGCUUCAAAGACAUGCGCAUUGUCGUCAACACCGAUCUGUGCGGCGACUGGGGCGCUGGCAUGUGGGCGAGUGGCUCGUGUCCGACGUCCACUGGCUACGACAGUUGCGAAAGCUACGUCAGAGAGAACCCGCAAGCUUUCACCGAGGCUUACUGGGAAUUCGGCGCCUUCCGUUGGUUCGAAUGGCGGGAUCCGGCGCCACCGGCGCCUACCACCACUAGCACCAGCUCCUCCUCCACCACCAGUGAGACGGUGGUUACGAUCAAGACCACCAAGACGGAGACAUUCCAGGCGACGACCAGCAGCAGCAGCAGCAGCAGCAGCAGCACUACCUCCAGCGUCGCGCCCGCUGCUCCCACCGUCAUUUACUCCAUCGUCCCCGCAUCUUCAACCACUUCGCGCCCGUUCACGUAUGCACCGGAGACCGAAGCUGCGACCUCGUCGACCGCAGAUGCUACGACAUCGACUACCAGCUCCACCGCGACGAGCGCAUGGCCCGCUAAUGAAUCGGCCAAAGGAGAUGCCCAGUACAUGAUCAACGGCAAGCUGCCUCUCGGCGGCGCAGGGGCCGUGACUGUGCCGUGGGCGAUGUUGAUGGCCGGUGGGGCGGCAUUCUUGACCGCAAUCCUGCUAUGA